CGCUGCCUCGAAGUGUGUUUUCGGUUUCGCUUUCAUCAGCUUUCGUGCAAAUGGUGGUUUUCGCUAAUGUUUGUGGAAAGUUAAUCGUGCACUCAUUCCGUAAAUAUUAGAGAAAACGAAAGUUUUUACUUCGCCAGUAACUGAUUUCAUUGAUAAAAUGGUUUCAAAACCCCAGAGGAAAUUCGUUCAGGGCGACAAAGUUUUUGCCAAGGUUCGAGGUUACCCGCCAUGGCCAGCCAAAAUUCAGGGGAUCACUGACCCUAACACGAAAGGCGCAAAAUUCAGUGUUUUCUUCUACGGAACUCAAGAAACAGCGCUGUGUAAAUAUGAGGAACUUUACGAUUAUGAGGAGAACAAAAAAACGUUCGGCGCUAAGGCCAUCAAGCGAAAACUCUUCGUUGAAGGUUUACAGGAGCUCGAGGAGGAACUUGAAAAAGACAAAGCCUCUGCUGUUUCUACUCCUAACAAGGAGAAAAAAGCAGCCGUAGUUCCGAAAGCUGCAGCGACUGUAGUUCCCAAAGCGGCUGCAGCAGCUGUAGUUCCAAAAGCGUCUGCAGCAACUACAGUUCCUAAGGCGGCUGCAGCAACUGCAGUUCCAAAAGCUGCUGCAGCAUCUGCAGUACCAAAAGCUGCCGCAGCAUCUGCAGUACCAAAAGCUGCUGCAGCAUCUGCAGUACCAAAAGCUGCUGCAGCAUCUGCAGUACCAAAAGCUGCUGCAGCAUUUGCAGUACCAAAAGCUGCUGCAGCAUCUGCAGUACCAAAAGCUGCUGCAGCAUCUGCAGUUUCAAAAGCUGCUGCUACAACCGUGGUUCCAAAAGUGGCUGCAGCAACCACCGUAGUACCGACGACAGUGGACGAAGCAGCAAACAAGAAAGCAAGUACAGAAUUGGAAUCAAUGAAUGUGGACAGCGAUACUGAGAGUGGCGCUUUGAUCAUCGACGAGGGAGAAAAAAAGAAGCCGAUGAAACGAAAAUCGGUGCACGUUUCCAAUACACCCAACACACCAGAUGCUCCCGAGCCAAAGAAGAAACGGGGACGCCCGAAAGACAGCACCCCGAAGGGUGAACCACAUUUGGAUUCGCAGGGAGAAGAAACGCAGGAAAAAGAAGUAGUGAGUCGCAGUGGCAGGAAAAUUAAACCGAAGCGCUUCGCCGAUUACUCAAAUUCUGAUGUGGACUCAGAUAAAAAUGAACACCAUCCUGGCCGUGGAAGACCCAAAAAGAUUGAGGAGGCAAAUGAAAAUCAAGUAACUACAACGUCCGCAACAACGCCCACAAGUGUCGCUGCCAAAAAACGAGUUUCAGCAGAGAAAAAGACGAACGUGGUGGAAAAAUCAUUUGAAGAGGGUGUUGCACUGCCAAAUAUGACGUCGGAGAAGCCUGGUCGUUUUCUUCUAGCGCGCACUUUUGCCGGCGGAAAUGUGGGAAUCAAGCUGGAUUUGAAUAGACCGAGCUUUUUUAAAAGUGAAAAAGCUCAGGAGCAAUGGGAGUCAACCAAUGCCAGAAAUGCUAUGAAAUUGAAGGCUCAGCUCGAGAGUGGCGAGGUUUUUCCCGAACAGGUUAAGGAACUUUUGGACUUCAAUGUUCAUGAUGUGACAGAGGGCGAUAAACGAACACCUACCAAAGAUGGGUCCAGUCAGCACAGCAAUUUCAAAUUGAGGUGGCUCCGUGUGGAAUCGAAGCUUUUGAGUUUGGACGCUGAGAUAAAAUCGAACUUGGGGCUCGAUCGUGCCGAUGCGGAUAAAUGCUUGGAAGCGAUGGAUAGCAUGCUUAAACUUCAGAUUGACCCGCUGAUGUUGAAAAAACACUCGCACAUUGUCGGAACCGUGAAAAGGUUGCGAAGAUAUAUUGGCAAUCUGUCGGAUUGGAAACUCUCUGAGGAAGAAACGGUGAUUUUUAAGGAAAAGGCUGACCAGAUUAGAAAGAAGGCAGAACAAAUCUGCAAUAAGUUCAAGCAAUUCUUCGUCAUUCCUGAAGGCCAGACAUUUUGGCAAACAUUUAGCGACCAAGUUGAACACUUCAAGGAAUUAACAAAGGGCAUGAGCGAAGAAAAAAUGUUUUCUCUCAUCGAAGACCCCGCUGUUCCGGAGAAGAAUGCAGAGAAUUCAAACGCAUCGAAUUUGAUCGUCGAAGAGAAAGCCAGUAGUCUUGAGGAACAGCAACCGGAAACGAAGAGUGACGGAAUUGAUGGGAAGGACUUGACACCCGAAGAAUUGGAGGUCAAGUAACACUCGUGAGACUCCCAAUGCCGCAAAAUUUCGGUAUUAUCAGCAAAAUCCGGGCAAUCGAUUCACGGUUCUGCGCGCCUUUUCUCUUUUUUUUUUUCUUUUAAUGACACCUCCUACACUUAAGUUUAAAGCAGACGAUUUUGAAUUCGAUUUCGAGAACCUGAAUUUCGCAUGCUUUGAUUGACACACACAUAUAUAUAUAUAAAUAAAUUAUUAUCCUCUCGAAGAAAACUUGGGCCAUUUUAAGAUGGCCAGGCUACUUGGCGGGGCGCGGUAGUGUUGCGAUAAAUAUUUUUUAUCUCGUCAAAUACAUUCACCGAUAAUGUACAUACUUUUUUGAAAUAGGGAGCUGCAGAAGAAGUUCGUGUAAAAAGACAACAACGUGACUUGAAAAAUUUAAACAAACAAACAAAAACAAACAAAAAAAAACAAAACAAAACACUUGAGACAUCGCACUUCAUUGGUUUGCGCUUGACUUUUUUUUCUUUCUUCCUGUGUUGUUUUUAUUUUUCUUUUCUUCUAUUUUCCUAGGCUGCAUUUGAAAAUUUCGGUGAUUUGAAUGAAUAAGUGGCACAAUUGCCUUUUCAAGUUCUUUUGAGAGUGCGUUUCGAUGUAAGAUUUCCUCCAGAGUAUUUACCUUUUCAUACAAGUAGAUAUCUAGAAUUAGAAUUUAGAGGGCAGAAUCAAUCAUUUGAAUUUUUUCAAGAUUUCAUUCUAUUAUUACGACAAACAUUAUGCUUUGUGCAUGUUAAGUGCGCUUUUUUGAAAUAUUCUAAUUUUUAAUUGUACUAAGUGUCGAUUGGUACGUUUAUUAUUAUUAUUAUUAUUAUUAUUAUUAUUAUUAUUAUUAUUGUUAAUACGUGUUUCAGUGAAAGGUUUCUGCUUUCUACUCUCGUGCGGUAAAUUAUUUACGCAUCAGAAUUACUUCAGUCCCAUAAUCUUUAAUUGUAAUGCGAAUAUUUUGAAUAAAAAAAAAAUGUUAUGAUAGUGAAA